GGCAGUGCAACAUCUGGGGAACCUCGUGUACCUCAACCCCAAACACUUCCAGAGACAACUUCACAGUCCCCUCCGAUCAGAGUCCGGACUCAGGAGACUGGUAGUUUGUGAGACUGGGGAGGAAACAUACAAGUGUGCAAAAGGUGGCUGGCAAGUUUCCUUACCGAAGAAGGGCGGCGCGCCCGGGCUGAAGAAAUAUCAGUACGACCUACGACCAAGCUCAGGACGCUGGGGAGCCCCAAGAGGCGAGUGCCCUCGGCCGCCGCACCGUGGAGCGGAGCAGGCCGGGGAGUGAGGCUGGCGAGACGGGCGCCUGCAAGGCCAGCGUCGCCCGGGCUCCCCCGCCGCGCCCCAACGCGCGGAUGUGGUAAAGCUUCGUGCUCAGCUCCAUUAACCAGGUUUCCUGUGCCUCCCGCCCCGGCGGCGCGCCUCCCCGCAGCCCAGGACAGCUCUGGUGCGUCGCAUCCUGCGGCCCCGCGACCCAGGCCCGCGAGGUCGGCGCCUUCUCGCCAUCAAUCCCAGCCAAACCGUCCCUCCCUCCAAGGACCGAGCUCUAGGAUGGGCGCACUCAAACCUCACAUCCAGAGAGACUGGCGCCGGCACCGAGACGACCUUCCCGGCUCGGGGCGGCCCCACCGGCCGGUUCUCCCUCGGCGACGGGAGGCUGACCCCGGUUUGCAGAGACUGGCGGUCACCCCCACCCUCCGCUCCGAAAUCGCCGCCCCGCCGAGCCCGCGCGGCCGCCGGGUCCCCACCACGCCCAGCACCGUUCCCACCGGCGUCGGCGCUUACCUGCGCGCUCUGCCGCCGGGGACGCCACCUUGUUCCCAUCCACAGACCCAGGAGGAGGCGAACACACUUCUCUGGUCCCACCCGCAAUGCGCAGCUGACCGUUCCCGCAGCGGCUGCGGGAGACUGGGGCGGGGACGGCCACUCGCUGGCGGACGCAGAGGCCGGGGCCCGCGCCGCACACUAACUGUCCUGCGCUCGCGCCCCUUGGCCGGGCCCAGCUCGCGGACGCACGACCGCUCCGCCAGUUCCCAGGACUUUGCCCAGAACUUCGCGCUCGUCGCCUGCGGAUCAGCAGGAGGGGGACUUGUAUCACGUGGCUUUCACCACAUCAGGGGCCCUGUUCACCGAUUAUUUACUCAAGAUUCCCUAUCGAUCCACAGCAACAUGGAAUAACACACUCAGAUAAAAUUAGCACUUCAGAGAAGAAACUGUAAUGGUCUUGCUCUGGCUCUGGUAGACUGUUAAUAUAAUCAACUGAAUUCCUGGAACCAAAAAUAAACUUUUCUGUGAAGAAUGUGUACUUGGAAUGAGGCGUACCAAUACCUAGAGUGCAUGUUUUUCCUCGGAGAGGGUGAGACUUGCUGGCACUGUGCAAUGGAGGACAAGAGAAACUCUGUUUGCCCUACAUCAUUAUUUCUUGCAAAUACUACUUUAUAACAAAGGCAAGAGAAGUAAAUGUCUACCCACUAUUCUGUAUACCUGAAAUAAAUAUAAUAUUGAAUGUCAACUGUAAUUGAAAAAAAAUUUUUAAGGUAAUAGAAGUUUAAGAAAGGGAAUAAAAUUGCCUAUAAUCCUACCUACAGACAACAGCCCUAGCUUACAUUAUUAUUAUUAUUUAGUGUUUCCUUCUAGUGUUUUUUUCAUGCAGUUGUGAUUUUUGAGUAAAUGCAAACUUAAAUUGUAUAUUUUCCUAAUUGCUGCUUCAUAAUUGUCAACAAAUUAUUGUGAAUCCAUUAAAAUAAUUAUUGUGAAGA